AUUGGUUUCGGUGUUUCUGGUGGUAGAAACAUGGGUAGCACCAGUGAAGAGAAUAUUAUGGAUGGUGAGAUUGUUCCUUCUUCACUUGCUGUUCUUGUGCCUAUUCUUAGAGCUGCCAAUAGUAUUGAAUUGGAGAAUCCUAGAGUUGCCUUUCUUUGUCGCUGGUAUGCAGUUGAGAAGGCUCAUACAAUUGAUCCAACAUCAAGUGGCCAUGGCGUCCGACAAUUCAAGACUAAUCUACUGCGCAAGGUCGAAAGGGAAGAGGAGAUAACACAGAAACAUACUAACAGAACUGAUCCCCGAGAGCUACUGAAUUACUACCAAACUUUCUACGAGACUAGAAUCAGGGAUGGUGAAUUUACUAAAGAACCGGAGGGGAUGGUUACGAAUGUUCAGAUUGCCACUGUCUUGUAUGAAGUACUGAAGACUAUUCUAGCUCAUCGAACUAUCGAUGACAAGACAAAAAAAUAUGCUGCGGAUGUUGAGAAUAAGAAGGGACAGUAUGAGCAUUAUAUAUGCAGCUCCUCUUGUUCAGAUGAUAAACUU